UGUCAGUUUCUCACUUCACAAUCCCCACUAAUAGCAGGAAACACAAACAGUGUCACAUGAUACUGUUUGUUCUGAUGCGCCACCACCGUCGCAGCCCUCCUCCGCCGUUCGCCGCCGUCACUUUGGAACAAGAUCACCACCAUGUCGAGCCCGGAUUCUCGAACGUUGAAUUGGCACUACACGGAACUGGAUGACAGAGACCUCCAGAUCCGAGGCAGAACCUUGUUCUUCGUCAUCGUGCUCUUUGCCAUUAUCCUCCUGGUCACUGUUCUCUUCAUCUACACGCGCUGGGUCUGCCGAUUCCAGGGCCGCCUCCCCACCACCCACGCGCCGCCGCUCGCACCGCCGCAAGGACUUCACCCCGCCGCCAUCAAGAAGCUGCCGAUAAUCCUGCACCACGCGCCGUCGGACCACGAGGAGAGCGCGUGGGAGGAGAGCGAGUGCUGCAUCUGCCUGGGCGAGUUCAGAGACGGCGAGAAAGUUAAGGUUUUGCCCGGGUGCGACCAUUAUUUCCACUGCGAGUGUGUUGAUAAGUGGCUUAUUCAUCACUCUAGUUGCCCUCUCUGCAGAGCUUCUCUCAAGGUUGAAUCUUCCUUCCCAAAGAUUUUGAUUCAAGAACCACCCCUUAGAAUUGACUUCCAGUUCUAGCCUUUUAGUGGAAUUGGGUAAGAUCAAUACAAUUACGUAAUCCUCAUCUCAAUCUGAGAUUACUGAUUAUGCUACAACAAAACAAUAUCGUUUUACUUUUUGUUUUCAUCUUCAUCUUGUUAAUGAAAAAUCAUCACAUUUCCCGUUUCUUAAUUAUACGUCCUGUAAAUACUUGUAUAAAGACCUAUAUGUUUGGUAAUGCUAUGUGGAUAUACAAUUUUGAAUUUUCUUGUCACAUUUUUUUAUGGGCUGGUGCUGUGUGAAGAAUAUUGUUAGACAGUAGUAGCACAUGACAUAGGGGGGGAGAAAGUGGUGUUUGCCUGCGAUGGUUCUUGAAUUAUGACAUGUUCCCACGUUGGGUGAUGGACGCCCGGGGGUUCGGAAAGGUCGUAUAAUUUUCCUUAACGUUGCUCUUCUGACUCAGCUCUGUGCUGGACUACAUGGAUAUGUGGUCCUGCUUCUUAGGUUCGAUAAUUGGAUAUGAGAAGAUUUUUUAAUUGAAAUUGGGUCCCCAAAAAGAUGAAUCAAGAUGCCAGCUUUGCUAGCUGUGACACCCCAAUCACCUUCUUUCAAUUUUUGAUAUAAAAGUAAUAAUAUGGAGUUCCAUGUUACGUGUUA